AAAAUUAUAUUCCCUUCUUUUUUCCGAAAUUCAAAAUUCAAAACAACUCUCUUUUGUUCUCUAAAGCAUUGAAUUGAAGAAGCCACCUCUCUGCACUCGGUGUCUCAUAAAUCUCGACGCAAGCUUUUUUUUUUUUUUUCAAAUUUUCUAAAAUGGGUGCUUCCGGGAAAUGGUUCAAGUCCUUAGUCACUCAGAAACCACCACAACCUUCCAAUUCCAACAAUAAUCAAGAGAAAGUGGGUGACAAGGGGAAGAAGAAAUGGAGGCUAUGGAAGAGCUCCUCUGAAGGCUUCGGGUCGCCUUCUUCCAAGGGCCUUAAGAUGCACCAUUUCUCUGGAUUAGUGGCGUCUGAUUCCUCCUCAUACCCGGUGGAUGAGGCUUUUGCUGCAGCCAUGGCCACUUUGGUCCGUGCUGCACCAAAACAUUUCAAGGUGGUGAAGCAAGAAUGGGCGGCGAUCAGGAUUCAAACGGCUUUUCGAGGCUUCCUGGCAAGAAGGGCUAUGAGGGCCUUGAAAGCGGUGGUGAGGAUUCAAGCUAUAUUCCGUGGUCGUCAGGUACGUAAGCAAGCUGCUGUAACAUUGAGGUGCAUGCAGGCUCUUGUUAGGGUUCAGGCUCGAGUAAGAGCACAAGGCGUGAAUGUUUCUGUGGAAGGGUCCAAAUCAUCGGAUGAAUACCCCAAUACUGACCUGUCCAAGCAAGUCGAGCAAGGAUGGUGUGAUAGCCCCGGAACGAUAGAUGAAGUUAGAGCUAAAGUUCGAAUGAGGCAGGAAGGUGCAAUCAAGAGGGAGAGAGCAAUGUUAUACUCCCUCACAAAACAGCAAUCAAGAUCAUGUGCCAGCCCAAAUGUGAGGGAAAAUAAACCGGCAAUGUCUCUCAAGCAGCAUGGGCUAAACAAGAAUGGGGUAGAUUGCAGUUUGCUUGAACGAUGGAUGGCAGACAAGCCUUGGGAAACCAGGGUGAUGGAAGAAAUCCAUACAGACCAAUCAGAGAUGAUCCAAUUUUCUCAGAAAUGUGAAAAUAACAUUCUUAGCUUUCGAUCAUGCCCUUCAGAACGGGAACCAGUAAAAGUAAGAAGGAAUAAUAUUACAACCAAAAUUCUAGCUAAGCCACCUAUAGCUAGUGAAAUUUCUGGGUCAUCUUGUGCUUCAAGUUCUGAAUCCAUGUAUGAUGAGAGCUCACCAUCAACUUCGUCUAAAUCAGUAUCUCCAACCAUAAUGUCUAGCAACAUUCUCAUGGCGGACAGAGCAGGGGAUAGUUAUUACCAAAAACCCAGCUACAUGAAUCUCACAGAAUCUAAUGAAGCUAGACAAAAGGCUUGCAGGCUUUCUUCUCCUAACAUGCAGAGGCAGAUGAUGGAUGAUUUUCGAUUUUGUAGCAAAUCAAUGACACAUUCUAAUAAUGGAGACAAUAGGAGCAGCACCGGUUCUGAUACAUCCCUCAUUUUCUACAAGGAUCUGUACCCACAUGCUGCAUUGGGUAGACACGAUUGCUCAAGGAAUCCAUGGCACCAAAGGAAGUAAGACUUACUAACAUGUGACCAAGCUCCCUCGUGCAAAAUUUGUCUGCUCACUUUUUGAAAAUAGUUCAAAAGCUUGUUACUAUUUUAAAAUUUGAAACAUUUUAUCAGGUCUAGACUGAGCUUCAUAGAAAAGUAUUAGCAUGGAGGACUUAAACAAGUACACAAUUAAUGGUAUAAAAAUUUGGUAUGUUUGUUAUCAAUGUAGUGAAAUAUAUUUCAUUUAGAAUAUAGGUUCUAAGUGAAGAUUGGACUGCUUGUUGUGCCAAGUCAUCUAUAGGUAAGUCUUGAUGUAAAGAAGCCAAAAGGCUUCAAAGGAUAUGGUAAAGAUACAGGAUUUGUGAAGUCCAGGUUGAGUGUGUGUGGUAAAAGUUGAAUCCUUUUUGCUAAUUCAGUUUGUGCUUUGGUUAUUCAAUGAAGAUUGAAAGAUUGU